CAGACACACGCACACACGCACACACACACACACAGUCGCGCGCGCGCGCAAACACACACACGCACGUGCGCUCAUAUAGGAGGAUCCCAGCUGAGAAGCGCGCAGUGAACGUCGGACCGCGCACCGGACCAGAGCUCGUUAACUUGUCCGCUUCCUAUCCUCCUCUCCACCGCCUCCAUCCUUCAGCAGCAGCAAGAAUAAAUCGGACUACCGGGCAGACUACCGGCAGGGAUCCGUGUGUCGGUCCAGCAGUUUUCUCUGCACCCCCCUCCGGUUUAACUGCACCGGUCAGACUUGGAAAGAGCAACAGCCUCCACCGGCGCAUCAGUGAGGUAGAAAAGCCCUACAACAAGCUGCAGCCAUGGAUGAGAUGGACCUGCCCCAGAUGAAGAAGGAGGUGGAGAGCCUCAAGUACCAGUUGGCCUUCAAACGAGAGAAGUCCUCCAAAACAGUGACUGACUUGGUGAAAUGGAUAGAGGACGGCGUCCCAGAGGAUCCCUUCCUCAACCCGGAGCUGAUGAAGAACAACCCGUGGGUGGAGAAAGGAAAGUGCAUCCUUCUUUAGAAGAAACUGGCCACCAAACUGAUGCACACCUACAAGAUGACCCCUGAACCUGACCCUCCUGACCCGGCCUACGAAGGCCAUGGCCACACAGCGCCUCCUAACCUCUCACCUUGAAUGUACAACAGCUCCUCUAACUUUCCUGGAACACAACCCCCCCCAAAAAGGGCACAGAAAAACACACUGACAGAGACACACACUCACACAACAUCACUCCAAACUUUGGGGUUCUCCCUGACUGCCACACAUUCACUGCAAGUUUAUCCUGCCACGGCAAUGCAUCAUUACUAUGAUAUAUGACAGUGAUGAUCAGUACUCUUAUUACACAUCUCUAUAUGGAUAUAUGAUGACUUAUUUAUGCAGCUGCUAGUCACAAGCUUUCUCUCUUCAUUUUUACAAUCUCUACUCAACUCGCACAGCAGAUUUAUUUUUCUUCCAUUUUUGAUGAGCUGUAAUAAACUGUAGAGUCACAUUCUCACUGCCAGACUGACAGUAGAUCUGCCGGGCUCAUUUUGUUGCACGUCGGGAUACGAAGCACUCGCUCUUCGGAAAUGAUCACUGUCAUAAGACCCAAACAAAUCUUUGCUACUUUUUCAAUUGGGAGUUAAUAAGCUCGAGUCUGCAAUUGACAAACCAACAAAAGUUAAGAUGUUAACGCCUCAUCAUAAGCAAACGAACUAUCCACUACUAUUAAAAAAAGAUAAUUUAUAGUGUAUACAGUGUACACUGAGGGUUUGCAUAUGUUGGCUUACAGACUGUGGUCUUAAAGUUUUACAAUUCCCUCAAGUUAGAAAUCAGCCUUAUAAGACACAUAGGACCUAUACGGAGAUUACAAGGACAUUAAGUUUCAUGACUGUAGGGUAUAUGAUCAUGUCUUCAUGGGUAUCAAGUCUGUUCUUCAUCCAGUUUCAAUCCAGAUGUGAGUGAAUCCACUUUUAUUGACACUACAGGUUUCUCCGAUCACAAAUCAGAUCAGAACCCGUCUUGGUUUUCUGGCUGUCCUCCGGAUCAGACAGUGGAGGUAAUGCACAUUAACCUAUUGGAUGACUGUGCAAAAAAAUGGCGAAGAAGAACGACUUGUGCUACGUAGCAGUUUAAUGACAAUAACAGUGGUCGUAUUUGGCAGUUUGAGCAGCUGGAUUUCAAUCUGUCUCUUCUUGGAUGUAUUUAAGAACAGCUUCUUAGACUCACUUAACACUUGAUUGUGUCUGCACACAUUUGGGGCAUUUCCUAUCCCAUUAACAUGGGGUCAGUUGUAAUACAUGAAUACCCAUACUGUAACUGUAAUCCACAAAUUUUGGCACUGUUACAGAUCAGAUGAGAUGAAUUUUUAAAGAUCUGCCAUUCGGAGUUAAGUUCAUUAAUUGUCUGAAGGUGUAGUGAGUAUGCUUGAAAUGGAUUAGUUCAUAUGCAGCAGGUCAUCUGAACGCAUCAGUGGCUGCUCUGAACAUCCACAUUAUUGAGACACCAUCAUCAAACAGAAAGAACACGCAUGAGUUUAAAAAAGUGACAUUAGCCGUGUUUUCAGCUCUUCCUGGUGUGACUCCUCCAGUUUCCAGAUUUACUUUUGAUUUCAUCAGCAUGCUUAUCACAUUUACAUUCUAACGACGAGAUCUGCAACCAGUGUUGUUUUGCUUCAGUGUCAUUAGGUCAGAAAGUGUCAUAGCAGCUCUGUUUGCGUUGUCAGAGCAGAAUGAAGCUAUAGGUCUCUGGAGAGAGGGCUGAGGUGAGGAUGGUAGGUGCGUUUACUGCUCCUUCUCUUCCUUAGCUACAGCCCCCAAUGACACACACUCAACAUGCAAACCGACCACAUAUUCUCUCUCCACACAUGUACAGACUGACCCCUUUAACUUCUUAACUUAUUGAUCAAUAUGUAGUUUAUUUAUUUAUUUAUUUAUUGAUGAGACCUUUCUCUCACCUUAGUUUUUGUUUCCUGUGUCUGCACUUCCUCUUCCUCAUACUCCUAUACCUUGAACGGAAAAAAAACUGAAAAAGACCAAAAAAUGGACUACACCUUGCCAGAUCACCAUCUACUACUGCCUUCUACACAGUUUCCUUAAUAUGAGAAUGUAAAUACGUGGCAUGAUCACCGCUGACCUCAGACCAGGCUUGUGUGUGUGUGUGCAUGUGGCUGUAAUUGUGUUUACGUGUGCAUACUUUUAAAGUUGGAUGUGAGGCUCCCUUUGCAGAUUGGGAAACACACACACACACACACACACAUAUAUGCCCGGCCUGAGGAUGAGCAGAUCGACGAAACACACACACACACACACACAAACACACACACACACACACACACACACUGCUUAGUGAGAAUGUGUAUGAGGGGAGGAGUGGCAAGGAUGUGGGAUUCUCUAAAUGACUUGGGACAGAGGAGCCUCACAUCAUCUCAGUACUGUAAUGAGUCUCAUUAUAUACAUUUUCUUCAAGAUGACCUGGUUCCCUGAAGGCCACUCAGUGCUUGGACCACUUUGAUCCUAUUAUGUGUAACUGCAGAUAUUUAAUUUUCCUCCUUUAAAAGAAUCAAACAAAUUUGAACAAUUAUACGUUCCGCGACGUGCUAAUAAACUGUUUGUUUUCAUCAAACAGGCUUGUAUCUAUCUUAGAACUGUAAGAUUUAUUAAAAUACUUUUGAGGAAGACAGUAAAACAUGCAAAUGUACAAUGAUAUCACUGCACCUGAAGUGAGGCCAGUGAGUUUAGGAUGUCCGGUACAACAACAAGCAAAUAUGCAAACAUGACAACUCCAAAUGGAGCCAUUUUAGAAGUCCCAUGGUUCAUUGAGAGGCAUGUACAGUAUGCACUCCCCUCUUGUUUUAGACAUCAUGUUUGAUUUUAAUAGUUUAGGUGUUGGAAAGUAUGUUAACUAGUCGGCAGAAUGAUACUUAAGCUUUGCAUCCCAAUAUAUCCUUGUCAUUUCCUGAUAAACGCAUGAAGGGGGACUUUUAAAAUGGCUUCCACGGCAAAAAGAGCUGAUCAUAGCCUCUGGUUUGUAGCUUUUCCAGUGUUAUGGCUGGAGGUCACUCCCUCCUCUAAACAUGACUUUAGAUUCAAAUGUUUCUCAGCUCACCACUGGGAAAGCAGCAAGUCUGCUACAGCCUCACAGCGGCCUAGUUCCAAACGUAUGUGAGAGGAUCCCUGAGUCUGCCUGUCCCUUGUCUGUUCUCUGUUUAGCAACGGUAACUUUACUUGUUUGGUUUGUUUUUCUAUAAUCUGAACGUGCGUACGUAUGUAUGUUAUUACUAUUAUAAUGACAGCAUAAAAUCUUGUCUAAAUAUCUAGCAACAUAUUCCUUGUGAGAGUGCUCUGGAAAAAUAUUAUGCAUCAGAUCAAGUCCUAGUGUAAAGAUGACAAUGAGCAAUAAAUUAAAGAUCAUUUUUUAUUGAAUGUUUUACAAAAACAUUUAUCUUAUUGAAUAAAGUAGAAGAUUUUUAGACAA